AGGACACUGGGGUUGAUGCUGAGCAGCAGGAGACAGAAAAAUGGCGGACAUCUGGAAGCUCUGUCCUGAGUCUUUGCCCUGCCGUGUCAACCUCACGCAGAAAACGUCGUACCAGGGGAAGCUUUUCGUCUUUCUUUGUAUGCUUAUAGUGGAUUCCGGAGGAGCCACGACGCAUUGGGUCGUCACAGAGGACGGGAAAAUUCAACAGCAAGUGGACUCUCCUUUGAAUCUAAAACAUCCUCAUGAUGUGGUAAUCUUCAUGAGACAAGAAACCCGUGUAAACUACCUCAAGACGCUAGAAAAGCAGUUAGUAGCACAAAAGAUUCACAUUGAGGAGAAUGAAGACCGUGACACAGGUUUGGAGCAGCGACACUACAAAGAGGAUUCAGACUGUCUAAUGGCUAAGGUGCCACUGGGAGACCUGGAUCUGUAUGAUGGCACUUAUAUCUCCUUGGAGAGUAAAGACAUAAGCCCUGAAGAUUAUGUCGUUUCACAAUCUGCUCUGCCGCCAGAUCUAGAAAAGCCAGACUGUGCUAAAGUAAUUGAACUACCUUAUAGUAUCCAUGCUUUCCAGCAUCUCAGGGGCAUACAGGAGAGGGCAAACUUGACCUCCCCACUUCUUUCUAAGGAUGAUCCCAUUUUUAGUUCUUUGUCUAAAAAGUUUGGUCGCACUAUUGAUGAAGUGGGCCACCGCAUCCAUCAGAGCCUGCUGAAGAAUUCAUCUUCCUGGGUGUUGUAUAACAUGGCAUCAUUUUACUGGCGUAUGAAAAAUGAGCCUCAGAGGGCAGUGGACUGUAUAGUGCGUGCUUUGCAUUUCUCCCCAAGGCAGCAUAAGGAUGUAGCACUGAUAAACAUGGCCAACAUCCUGCACCGUGCCCAUUUCUCAGCUGAUGCUGCUAUUCUUGCCCAUGCUGCCCUUGAUCUUACCUCUGAUCUCUUUACUACUCAUUACACAUUGGGCAACAUUUAUGCUAUGCUUGGGGAAUACAACCACUCAGUGCUGUGCUACGAGCAGGCACUACAGGCCCAGCCAGGCUUUGAGCCGGCCCUGAGGAGCAAACACGCUGUGCUCUGUCAGCAAAAGCUGGAACAACGCCUAGAAGCCCAGCACAGAUCCCUGCAGAGGACACUGAAUGAACUGAAGGAGUACCAGAAGCAGCAUGACCACUACCUCCGCCAGCAGGAGGCACUGGAAAAACACAAGCUGCUGCAGGAGGAGCAGAUUCUAUGCAAUAUUAUCCAUGAAACCCAAAUGGCCAAAGAAGCUCAACUUGGAAAUCAUCAAAUGUGCCCGCUGGGUCAGCAGCAGCGCCGUUUGUACUGCCCCUUUGACCUCCCUGUGCGCUAUCACCGGGGUGACCUUUUUGAGCAUGUCCACUAUGUCCAAUUUGGAGAGGCCAUGUCUGUUGCUUCCAGUGUGGCACUUGUAUCAGAACACAGUUCUAACCAGACAGCUUCCAGCCCCCAGCUCCGUCCUACUGUGUCCGGUGAUCAGGACCCUGCUGCAGCCCUCUGGGGCAGCCAUCAGGAUCACACACAGGACACACAGAGGAUGUUGUGGCCUCAGAGGUCAGACUGUGCCCACCAGUACCCAAGCAUACCACCUGCUCACCUGCUGCCAACCUACUACGUUUCACCUGAGACACAGGGUCUUGGAUCAGUAGCGGCUCUCCUGUAUGGCAGCAAUUAUCCCUUUCCAGCUGACAGUCCUCCUGAAUGUAGCCCAGUCCCUCAACCAUAUCCAGCUUUCCUGCCUGCCUCAUUAGACUGGCCUCUGGAAGAAAAGGAGCUGCCAGAUUCCUUUGCAUUUCAGAUGCUACAGUUACGCAGUGGAGGAUUUACACUGGAGCAAAUUGGCGACAGAAUAGCACAAGCUAUGAAAGAAGCCACUAUACCCGACUGGCUGGUCCACUUUGAAGCAGCUUUAUUUUGGCAGGCCAAAGGCAACGGCAGCCAUGCCUUGCAGUGCCUGCGCCAAGUGUUGAACUCUGCUCCACCUUCCCACCAUCACUUGGCCCUCACCAAUGCUGCUAACCUCCUGCUGCACUACGGUUUGAGCCCCCAUGCACAGAUGCUGCUGGAUCAUGCCUUGGCGCUCAAUACAUCUGAGCCCCACGCCCUGCUCAGUUUGGUGAACGUGCAUUUGGCCCAGAGCAAUGUGACAGGUGCUCUGGGCUUGUUCCGCCACAUUCUGGAGACAGCCCUGUCCUCGUCUUCUUGCUUUUCAUCCUUUGCUGGCUGCGAACAGUGUCGCACCAGCCUGCCUUUACUACGCUGUCUUCAGUUCUACCCUUCCCUUUACAAUCUUUCCCAUCGACAGCCUUGUUCACAGGAUGGAACCUGCAUGACUGAGGAACACUCUGGCAUACAGCUGGAGGAAUGGGAAGACCGUGAAGUGACGCAGGAUGGAACUGCUAACUCGGCCAUUGAAGACACGUUGCUCUUUGAGAACAGUAAUGGCUCAGGUGAAGCAACGACACAGCAACAGGCAUCUCCUUCCACCGCAGGAGCCUCUAAAAUGUCAUCAUCCUUUGGAGAUGGAGGAGUGGAAAAAGAGGAUGAGUGGCAGCUAAGGGAGGACCUGAUGGGAGCAUUUGAGGGAGCACUGGACGUGGGAGGAAAACGUGGGGACCUGCAAGGUAUAAGAGUGCUCAAGAACGACCGUGUCCUGGGGGCUCGUGCUGGAAGUGGACCAUGUUUUGGAAACUGUGAGGAUGAUGAUGGAGCAGAGUGGAUCACCUUCCAGGUAAAACGGGUUCGGAAAACUAAGGCAGAUGGAUCAGAAAGUGUUACCAUCUCUGAUGACAAUCAAAACGAGGAGUCGCUACCUGAAGGGAGCUCUGUACUGGAAAUCAGUGGUCCAACUAUUCCAUCUCCUGGUCCUUCAGGUCGCUGGAGAGACUAUACAAGCCUUGGCUGGCCUGGACCAGAGGAGUGCCAGCGUACACGGAGGGUUGACCUCACUACUGUAGCUAGUACUUGGUUGGCUGUUUCUGCCAAGAAUAUUGACAUCACAGAGCACAUAGACUUUGCCACCCCACUCCAAGAGCCUGCAGCUGAACCUUUAUGCAAUGCCAACCUAGCUGCCAGUAUGCACACCCUUGACCACCUGGCAGGUGUAGCCAACCGCGCCUCUAUCCACUACACAGGGGAAGCCCAGCUGCGAGAGGUCCUGCAGAACCUUGGUAAGGAUAAGUCCCCCCCCCAGUCAUUUGAGCAGGUGGGAACUCGCAUUGCUAAAGUCUUGGAGAAGAAUCAAACAUCUUGGGUAUUAUCCAGCAUGGCUGCACUGUACUGGAGGGUGAAAGGUCAAGGCAAGAGAGCUAUCGACUGCCUGCGCCAAGCCCUCAACUAUGCCCCUCAUCACAUGAAGGAUGUACCACUUAUCAGCUUGGCCAACAUCUUUCAGAACGCUAGGUUAUGGGAGGAUGCCCUUACAGUUGCCCGCAUGGCUGUAGAGAUUGCACCGCACUUUGUUGUGAAUCACUUUACCCUUGCCAACGUCUAUUUUGCAAUGGAGGAGUUUGAGAAGGCUAUGCACUGGUAUGAGUCCACUUUGAAGCUGCAGCCAGAGUUUGCCCCUGCCAAAGAUCGACUGAGAACCAUUCAGUGUUACCUGCUCACCAAGAGGGAGCGUCGACAGCCCUAAACCACUCAGCCUGACCUCAGGGCCAACCCAGCAUUCAUAAACGCAUCAGACACAUUCAGACAUUCUCUCCUACAGAAUUAUUCAAAUACAUUGAAAAUAUUGGAAAGUUGAGUCAACAGUCAUCAUUUUGUGUAAUCCAGGCCUUUCUUUCUUCAUUGGUGGUCAAACCUACCCCUAUUAAUUAGGUUGAAAUGUACAUAAGUUAGCCCCACAGCUGCAAGACCUUUGCUAUUCAACAACAGAGAGCGUGUGAUGCUCUUAUAAUGUUGUUUCUGUUUGAUUCACUUUUAAAAAUAAAAGGAGGAUCAAAGUGAGUUAUGCUUUUAAAGUCGACUUCUGAUGUAACUUUAAAUUCAACCUGGGCCAACCAGAAGACUUUAUUAUUGUUCUUUAUGAAGGCAUUUUAAUAAUAGAAAAUAACUUCAAACAUAAACAUGUUUUGCUCCACUGUUCUCAAGAAUAAUGACAUAUAAUCUCCUGAAGGAGGUGCCAGAUUUAAAUGUAACCUAAAAUUCUAACUCAGAAAGAUAUAAAGUAUUUAGCAAAAAUCUUUUGCUGAGAUGAUAGGGAAUGUGCUUCUCAACUCAGAAGUUAAACGAGUUUUAAUUGAGCGAUUAAUGCCCUCUUUAUGCUUCUUAAAAAGGAAUGGGAAUUUUCAGUGUAUGCACUUUUUUUCUUUUAUCAUUCCUAUUUAUAUGGGACCUACGAAUUGAUUUUACUACAAGUUAAUUUAAAUCUGAAAGAGUGAAAAUGACAUGCGGUUUUGUUUGCUUCUCAACAUGUGGAAAUUACCUGGCAGAAAAGCAUUUGUCACUGACAGCCUAUAAAACAAAAUCAAAUCUGUAUUAAAUGUACAGUAUUAAAGGCA